UAAAAGUCAUCCCCCUUGCCCCUCCAUUGUUAGUCGCAAAAGGGGAUUUGCGCAGAGGAAAAUAUCGUGCAACUGAAAGCACAAAAAACGUAAUAUCUGGAGAGUCUGCAAGACUAAAUAAAAUACUCAUAAAACAACAGAAAAACCUAAACCAAUACACGUAUAACCCUAUUCGAAAGAAAGACCGGAAACACACGAACAAUGUCUCCAGCAGAGGCAGAAACCAAAGCCGCAGGCACAACGCCCUCGCAGGCGCAGCUUUUCGAGGCCAUCGGGGCACAAGUCGACCAGGUCGCAUCGACAACAACAGACGCAGCACAAGAUGACGCAGACGACGGCAUACCGCCGGUUGAGGAGAUCGAGUCGCUCUGCAUGAACUGUCACGAGAACGGCACGACACGACUCCUCCUCACCCGCAUCCCCUUCUUCCGCGAGGUCGUCCUCAUGUCGUUCCGAUGCGACCAUUGCGGCUUCCAAAACAGCGAGAUCCAGAACGCGGGUGCCGUGCAGCCGCGCGGCACGCACGUCGAGCUUCGCCUGACCGCCAUGCAGGACUUUUCGCGACAGGUCGUAAAGGCUGACACGGCAACUGUAAAGUUCAUCGAGUUGGACGUCGAGGUCCCGCCAGGCCGUGGCCAGCUCACAAAUGUCGAGGGUCUGUUGUCCACCAUUGUGGACGACCUCGAAAGCGGCCAAGUCGAGCGCUUGGAGAAACAACCAGAGGUGGCGGAGAAGAUUGCAGAGGUCAUUGAGAAGGGACGCAAGAUGCUCGCCGGCGAGUCCUUCCCGUUCAGGGUGUACGUUGACGACCCGGCCGGUAACUCAUGGAUCCAACCGGAUCCGCGUGAUGGCGUUGGAAAGUGGGAGAAGCGCGAUUUCACUCGUACGUCAGAGCAGAACGCCGCUCUCGGCUUGGCCGAUACCGAUGCGACGUCGGGUCCUGGCGGCGUCAUUCCUCUCGGAGGCCAGGGUAGGCUCGACGAGAACGAUAACAUCAUCCCUGACGAGGUCUAUAGCUUCCCAGCCAGCUGCCCCGGCUGCAUGCACCCCUGCGUCACGCACAUGAAGAUGGUUGAUAUUCCACACUUUAAGCAGGUCGUGCUCAUGAGCACUGUCUGCGAACACUGUGGCUACCGUUCCAACGACAUCAAGACGGGCGGCGCCGUCCCCGAGAAGGGCCGCAAGCUGACCCUGCAAGUUAAGUCGGACGUCGAUCUGGCCCGUGACAUUCUCAAGUCGGAGAGCUGCGCGCUCGAGUGCCCAGAGCUCAACCUUUCGGUCAACCCGGGCACGCUCGGUGGCCGUUUCACCACCGUAGAGGGUCUGCUCACUCAGGUACGCAACGACCUCAAGGCCCAGAUCUUCGAGGCCGAUUCCACACCGAACCCUACCAACGCCGAGGGCGCUAUCUCGAUGGAAGGCGGCGACUCGCUGUCGACCGAGGACAGGGCGAGGUGGCAGGCCUUCUUCACCGAGCUGGACAAGGCCAUCGCCGGCGAGCGCGAAUUCUCAAUCGUCCUCGCCGACCCGCUGGCCAGCAGCUAUAUCCAGAGCUUGGCCGACGAUCCGAGCAAGCCCGACUUCCAGAUGACCGUCGAAGACUACGACAGGACGGACGAGGAGGAGGAGGAGCUGGGCCUGAAGGAUAUCAAGGUGGAGGGCUAUGAGGAGGACGACAAAAAGAAGGAGGACAAAGCCGAGACGGCGGAUGCGGCUCCCAGUAGCACCGCCUGAGACUGCAGAAAGAUACCAAGUUUAAUGCAAGGUGGACAUGAGUGUUAUGAGAAAUAAGCUCUCGGUUUAUCUCCCGCAAUUUAUGUGACUUGUUUACUAUGAUGGGAUGCCUCCGAAACCAGAAAUAAAUCUGGCAUGUCGCCUUUUUGCUUUGGAUUUCUACCAUCGAAAACACAACUGGCAGAUGAUGGAUCCCAGGGGAGUCUGAUAGACAUGGAUGGAUGUACACGCCCCCACGAAGAGAGGGGGGACUUAAUGAAAAGGGAAAUAUGUCAAGGGGCCGUACAAUUCUUCGCACAAUGUAUGCGUACCUGACAUGGAACAAGCGUCUCAAUCUAGCAGACUGAAUCUAGAGAAUUUUGUCGCGCUCUGCAAUACACGGAGAAAUACCAAGCCCAGGGGUAAAAAGGUUCUACAGACAUAUACUUGAAAGUUGUGACAUCUCAAGAUAAAGCACACUAAUCUUCUGACUUUUGUAAACUUUUGUAAACGAAUCCGUUGGCCAUGAACAUAAUAGAUGACCAGAAUUGUGGAUGGGGAAUUAAAGUGAAUUGACAUAGAGAAGCCAUGUUACAAAUAAAAAACGGUCAUAAAAGGCCAUGCAGAAGCAGCCAACGCCAGUCAGAUGCAUCCCAGGCAUGACAACCCAGCAAGUGAUUUCCACUAUCACAUUACCAAAAAAGAAGGAAAAAAGGAACAUUAACGCGCAAAACAAAAUAAG